AUGGCAAUGACAACAAAUCUGGUGGCGGCCACAAGCAGAGCCGUCAAAUUGCAUGGCUUCAGCUUCUUAUCCUCUGUCCUCAGCAGACCGAACCACUUCUUGGCUCGUCCUUUGCCAGAGUCGAUGACACUAAGAGGCCAAACUUCUUGUUGUUAUCGUGAAACCUCGUUGAAAGCUGUGUGGCCUGAGCCAGAACCAAGUAAUGUCAGUGAUGGAGUUGGAAUCAUCCGUUUCUUAAGAGGAAAAACCUAUCUCAUUACGGGUGCAACCGGUUUUCUUGCUAAAGGCAAGACAAGAUCAAAAACAGAGUUUCUUCUUGUCCAAAAGUUAUUGAGGGCAAGUCCUGAGAUUGGGAAGAUCUUCCUUUUGAUCAAAUCCAAGGAUCAAGAAUCAGCUAACAAGAGACUCUAUGAUGAGAUCAUAAGCUCGGAUCUGUUCAACCAUUUGAAGCAAAUACACGGGAGCUCUUACGAAGCAUUUAUGAACAGAAAGUUGAUUCCAAUACUUGGAAACAUUGGAGAAGACAAUCUCGGGAUCGGAUCUGAUAUUGCAGCCAAGAUCAGUGGUGAGAUUGAUGUCGUUAUAAGCUGUGCAGGUCGCACAACAUUUGACGACAGAUACGACCUUGCUUUAAAUGUCAACGCCCUUGGACCUUGUCGGCUCUUGAGCUUUGCCAAGGACUGCAAGAAACUGAAACUCUUUCUUCAUUUCUCAACUGCUUAUGUGACUGGUAAGAAAGAGGGAACAAUACUAGAGACUCCUCUCUGCCUAGGAGAAAACAUAACUUUUGACUUGAACAUCAAACAUGAGCUCAAAUUAGCUUCGGAAGCUGUAAGAAAGUUACAUGGCAGUGGAGAAAUAAAGACGCUGAAAGAACUUGGUCUCCAAAGAGCUCAGCACUAUGGCUGGGAAAACACUUACACGUUCACAAAAGCAGUGGGUGAGACUUUAAUCCAAACCAGGCGAGAAGAUGUGCCUGUAGUGAUCAUAAGGCCUAGUAUUGUAGAAAGCUCUUACAAGGAGCCUUUCCCUGGCUGGCUCCAAGGAAUAAGGAUGAGUGAUCCAAUAAUCUUGGCCUAUGGCAAAGGCCAGAUUUCUGGCCUCUGGGGAGAUUCUCAAUCUUUAGCGGACAUUAUACCUGUUGAUAUGGUUGUGAACGCGACAAUAGCAGCAAUGGCAAAGCAUGGCUGUGGUUUCUCCGAGCUCAAAGUUUACAAUAUCACUUCUUCUCAUGCGAAUCCCCUACGAGUUGGCGAGUUUAUGGACCUCGCUUAUCAACAUCUGUGUGACUUUCCAUUGACACUUACAGACUUAACGCGAAUGAAAUUCCACAGUUCCUUAGAGGGUUUCACCUCCUCUGUAUUCGACAUAAUAGCAAACCGGGAAAGGGGAACUAAGAAUGAAAGAGGAGAAGCAGAGUCAAAUACCGUUUUGAGCUUCAAGGGAAGAAGGAUACUAGACUAUUUCGUUUCCCUGGCAAUAAUAUAUGAGCCUUACACGUUCUUUCAAGCUCGGCAAAAAGCUAUUAGAUUACUGACUCUUGGUCAAUAUCCUAGGUUUGAUGAUACCAAUACAAGGAGUCUUAUUCAAGAGCUGUCAAUGGAAGAGAGAGAUAUGUUUGACUUCGAUAUCAAAAGCAUUAACUGGGAGCAUUACAUGGUAAACAUUCAUCUUCCAGGUCUCAAAAUAGAAAUCUGCAAGGAAAAAUCAAGUUGA